CUUCACACACUUCAUUAUUUCAUACGCAUUUAAGCUUAUGCAAGCACAUAGGAUGGCUUCGAUUUGUCUAUUUUUAUAUAUAUUUUCAUGACAGAAAACAUCGUAAAAAAUAGAACAAUGCUAACUCAAAUGUUUAGUGGGUUAAAAAAGAAACAUAGACGAAACAAGCUCUUCCAUCAACACGAGGACGCCAGUAGUCAUCCAGUUGCUGAGAAUCGGAACAGCUCGUUACUGGCUAAUACUGAACAUGGAGCAGACGACGGAACCUCAAGCACCGGAAGUGGAACACUCGACCGAAAGACCCGUUUGGACAACGUUAAUUUGGAACGUCAGAAUCAUGUUCAUUUCGCGUACGAAACUGUACGUGAUCAUCCACUUCGAGCAGACGACACCCAAGGGUCGACGACUAAAGUUCACAGAGACUUGGGCCACUUCCAAACGAAACAUCGGCCCAGCACACCACCGAUAGAAAAGCUUUUAGAAAGAGUUUACCGGAAGUUAAGGGGGCGACCGGAAAUUGGUGACUUGGAGCGUCUGAGGAAUGUUUUAGAAUCACAAACUGAUGAUAUACGACCGGAACACAUACCAGGGCUAGACGAGCAGGGUACACUGAUGUCCUCGAGCGAAUUUUCGUGGCACGUGCACAGAGCUAUGGACAGUCUUGGAUUCAGCAAUAAUAUGCUACGUUACCGCUAUGAGAUGUUUCCAGUUUGCACCGGAAGUAUGCCAGAUUUUUCCAAACACGGACCGUACAUGCGCGUUCUAAUGGAAGGCACACUGGACGGAAGCACCUGCGUAACCCAACACCAGAAGGACUUCCUGCUUGUUCCAAAAGAGACGUUAUGUGUUGCUUCAGACGGCUUAAACCAACUUCCGGGCUAUUACACAGUUUUUGAGAUGUCCACUGAAGGAUAUCCUAUCGGAUUCACGGAAAUGCGACUAGUGCGCUUCGGUUCAGGCGUGGCCACAUCUUUGAAAGCCAGUCUUGUCAUGGACGGCGCAAAUCUGUACGUUUCCAGUCGCCUUUUUCAACUGAGGACCGAACACGGGCAUAAUACACAUGCACAUGAGCAAUUUCUAGCUGGAUGCAAGCUCGAUGAACAACAUGAUACACACACAGUGGAUGCGGGUGCGUUACCGCAGUAUGGAUUUCGCUGCUUGUGCCAAACUUUGCUGGAUUGCUGGUCUGAGCGGAUACGUUUCCAUGGAUGGCCUAGCAAGGAGCUUAUACAGAAAGUGCAAACACUAGAAGCGUUCCUUCUACCGGCGGAAGCAGAAACGAUGACACACAGUCACCGACUAUGGGAGAUACGAUUUAUGCUCGCAGAGCAGUGCCUUUUACAGAGUUUGUCCGAUUGUCAAUAUAAAGUUUUAGCAAUGCUGAAUUGGAUUGUCCAAUAUAAGCUCGAAACUUGGAGAUUCAAACUAACUCCGUUUAUCAUCCGGAACAUUGUGUUUUGGAUGUGUGAAGAAAAGCCCCAUGAGGAUUUUCGAGACUCCACACUGCUGGCAUGCACUCUUCAAGGACUACAAAGGCUACGAGAUUCGGUUAUUGAUAACAAACUCCCAUACUACUUCCUACCAACAAGAAACCUUCUAGCCGACAGCGGAAAUAUAGAAUUCGGUCAAUCUCUAUGCAGAGCGCUCACAACUCUUAUAGACACAGGACCCCCGCGAAUCCUUCUAGCCGCCGGGCGUCUAGGUUCCGCGCUGCAGCGUCUGACUUCAGAGCAACUUGAAAUCUACCGCGAGCGCCGAGACGACCUGGAGGCGACAUGUUGGCGGCUGCUGGCGCUCCAGCAAACGUCUGAGCUACAUGAGGACAUCUGGGACUUCACACCCGACCCUGCGCGUUCCAGGGACGUCCGACGGCUGCAGCGGCGGAUGAUUCACCUGGUGGCACCGGGAUGCCUGAAGCAUGAUGUGUCGGUGUGUUGUAACAACAGGAUUAACAUGAAGAUUAGAUGGCUUCUGAACUAGCGUGCCAACAGGAAAACAAGUCAUGCUAAAAACAAUAUGUGUCAUAAGCUGCGAUAACAUUGUGGAAAAAGUACACGUAAAGUACAUGCUUAUCAUUUUAUUUGUAUGUGUGGCUGUAUUCGUACGUGCGUGCGUGCAUGUGCGUGUGUGCGUGCGUGUUUGUGUGCGCGUUGUGUGUACGCCUGCAUGUGUGCGUGUGUUUUAACACAUCUGCAGGGCAUCAGAGCAUGGUUGUAUUAUAUCAGACCAUUGGCUUCUCUUCAUAUGUAUAGGUUUUGAACCUGGAGGUUUGUGAUUUGAAAACUUUUUAAACAUGCUGAAUCUACUUGAUCAACAUUUUGUUACAUUUUUCACCGCGUUGUUUGCACUCAAACGCCGAGUCUGUUCACUUUAUCAAACUAAAUAGUGGUCACGUUCUACCAAGUUUAUUGUUUUAUUUAAGUGACUCGCUCAUGUUUUUGGACCAAAAAUUAGUUUUCCCGUUAAUGCAUCUGAAAACACUAAUUUUAUCAUUAUUGUACUCUAUGAUAUCGAAAUUGCAGAAAAAAAUACAGUUAUAGCAUAAAAGAAAUAGUUUGGUUUUAGUGGGGUUCGAACCCACGCCGGUAAAGUCAAGGAUAAAAUAGAAAACAGCCGGCUAGUCCACACGGUAACCGGGAUACAAAAGUGGUGGAUGUGUUGACCUAUUAAGGUUACAUUCAAACAGCACGUGAUAAUGUCAAUCAA